AUGCUCGUGUUAAACGACAGUUUUGCGAGAGGUAAUAUUUUUCCGAGGAAGUCAACUGCUGUUACGGUAUCGAGUGAUAAUACAACUCAACAACCUGAUAAAAGAAGGAAGCUCACCGCAUCGAACGUUGCAUUUUUGAGAUCUUUGGUUUCGCAGUACGAAAUAUCUAAAAUGACAGAGAUUCUCAACAUCGGGGACAAGCCGAUCUUUGAUGAUCGCAUCGUCAAGAUCGAGACUCACACGUACAAUCAAUAUGCCAACACAACGUUUGGAUACAGCGAUGAGAUACGAAUACCUAUACAACAUCAAGAUUUGUAUACGUUACCAUGCGAGAGUUUUCUCUACGUCGAGGGUAAAUUAACGAUAAAGAAACCCGCAGCGAAUAAGCAUGUGGUAUUGGAGAACAAUUGCGUAGCGUUCAUGUUCGAUGAGAUUCGUUAUGAACUCAACGGUGUGGACAUUGAUCGCAGCAGAAACGCUGGAAUAACCUCCACUCUGAAAAACUAUGUAUCUCUGACGGCAUCAAGGAAUGGGAUGUUGAAGAACGCUGGAUGGGAUAUCGUGAAUUUUUCAAACGGUGAAGAGGGCCACUUCAACUUUUGCGUACCGCUUAGCAUGCUGCUGGGAUUUUGUGAAGACUACAGGCGUGUGGUGAUUAAUGCACGUCAUGAAUUGAUUCUCAUACGCUCGCGCAACGACAACAAUUGUCUAAGAGGAGAUGCCGAGAUCCAGCCUGAGAUUGAAUUACUCAGAGUACAGUGGCGUAUGCCCCACGUCGCAUUGAACGAGAUCAACAAGCUGGCUAUGCUACGAACUCUGGAGAGUGGAAGAUUUCUGAGCAUGAGUUUCCGCUCGUGGGAUCUGCAAGAAUUUCCUCUGCUGCAGAGUACGACUAAGCAUUCAUGGACCGUCAAGGCAACAACGCAACUCGAGAAGCCGCGAUACGUCAUCUUUGCAUUGCAAACUGGUCGAAAGAAUAAUAUAACGAGAUCGAUAACUCGAUUCGACGAUUGCAAAUUAACUAACGUGAAACUUUAUCUAAACUCGGAAUUUUAUCCAUACGACGAUUUGAAUCUCGAUUUCAACAAGAAGAGAUAUGCCAUCCUGUAUGAUAUGUACGCGCGGUUUUACAAAUCGUAUUAUGGAGGCAAUCAUGAUGAGGUGUUUCUUCCCAUCGACAAAUUUGGAUUUUGCGGUCCCAUCGCCGUCAUCGAUUGUUCGCGACAAAGCGAAUCUGUGAAGACUGCCACCGUCGACGUGCGAUUAGAGUUCGACUGCAUGGAAGACAUACCGGCGAAUACUACAGCCUACUGUCUCAUCAUACACGAUCGCGUGGUCGAAUACAGCCCGUUGACCAACGUUGUGCGCAGAAUCACUUAA